CUCCCACUGUCAAAUAGUUUUUUUUUUUUUUUUUUUACCACCUAUGAUAUCUCCGCCCACUUAGGGCGGGGCUUGCCUGACAUGUCACUACGCGUCUCGCAUUGCUUUCUGGGAAUUCUUUAGGAAAGUGUAGGUUCUCAAAAUCUCUGAAAAAUCUCUGUCAUUAAAUGGGAACAUUACUGCACUAAUCCAGAAGCUAAAAGCAGGUUGUAUGACAUCAUCCGUCUUCUCUCUGCCUGUGGACAGUGCCCAGGAUGCCAUGUAUAAGGCUCUGCACGUUCUCCCUUGUGGUGUGGCCCUGGGUCCUUCUUUGUCACAGGACGGGCUCAGUCUGUAUUGUGUCGGCAGACCUCUGACCAGCGGCAGUCUUAUUCCUUUCUGCAGUCCCGUCUCUGAAGGUGAACAAUCAGAGGAAUCUCCCUCUUCAUCAUCACCACAAGGCGAAUGUUGGUGGCUGAGGUUUAUAAGAAUGAGAGCAAAGAAAGAAAAUGUGAAACUCUGCACACUUAAAGGAAUCCUUCAUCUCCAGGUUCUCACGUCAAUCCAGCCAGGUUCUGAACUGCUCCUUCCCUCGGAGGACCUCACGCUCUGUGUUAGGGAUAAUGAAGACACAGCUCUGUGUUCUCCAAAUUCCACAAGUGACCCUCCUGCCCACAACUCGAUGCAGUUGCCAACAGAGACAAAUGAUGGCAGACAGGCCGAGGAGUUAUCAGGCAGCUUAAAAUGUUUAGCUUCAUCACUGCAACCUGAUGUGUUGGUUGCGAUUCCUCACUCAAAGUGCAUGGCAAGAAGAUCUGAACUAGAGGAAUCAGCAGUCCCUGCUGAACAAGAGAAGGUCCUGUCACCACUCACCACAGAACCAGAAGGAGCUAAGCUUUCUGCUAACACAGAAUGUAUUGGGAAUGUCUCCCUAUGUACAUCCACAGAAGAGGCCGAGUGCUCCCCAACUACAGAAUCCAUAGAAGAUGUAAACACUGAGAUGACCUCUAGCAAAUCCAAUACUACAAAGUGUAGAGUUGUCUCAGCAGUGAAAUCUAUCCAUGAGCCUCAAACUGAAACCCACGUGUCCAGUGUCCCUUCAGCUGGGGCCGAGCAAGUGUAUGGAAACACUAAUAAACCAAAGAAGAAGAAGAAAGCACAAGAUAUUUUACCCAGAGAGAAGAGUGAGGUAAGAGGUGACAUGACAGAUGUCCAAGGUGACCAAGAUAGACGAAACUCCAAGAGAAAAUGCUCUGCCUCUCCGGAAAACGUGCGCAGACUGGAGGAACACUGGAAUCCUACAGAAAAUCUAAAGAAAGGGAGCGAAACUAAAAGGACAAGACCAAAAGACCGAUCGGAACGCAAAUUCCAUUGUAAAGAUUGUGACAAAAGCUUCUUCCAGCUGGGCCAUUUAAAGAGACACAGCUUCAUCCACAGCGGACUCAAACCAUACUUGUGCCCAGAGUGCGGGAAGGAAUAUUGCUCCGAGGAAAGCUUCAAGGCCCAUUUACUAAGUCACCAAGGACUGCGCCCCUUCAAGUGUCCGCAGUGCGAUAAGACGUACGGCACCCAGCGUGACCUGAAGGAGCAUUCUGUACUGCACACGGGGCAGCGCCCUUAUCGCUGUGAGGAUUGUGGGAAAAGCUUUGCUCGCAGACCGACCCUCCGCAUCCACCGUAAGAAUUACUGCACGCCCAGUGCCAGCCAAAAGAAGACUCCUCUGCAGUGCGGGAUCUGUCACAAGCAGCUGGCCAACGUCUGCUCCCUGCGAAACCACAUGCUGAUCCAUACAGGGGAGAAGCCAUAUACGUGUUCAGAGUGCGGCAGCUCCUUCCGCCAUAGAGGAAAUUUGCGGAUCCAUCAAAGACUGCACACCGGUGAGAAACCUUAUAAAUGCCAGUAUUGUGGAGACGCGUUCCCACAGCAGCCUGAGCUCAAGCGCCAUCUUAUCAUUCACACAGGGGAAAUGCAUUUGUGUACUGUGUGCGGCAAAGCAUUAAAAGACCCUCACACUUUGCGUGCCCAUGAGCGGUUACACACAGGUGAUCGCCCCUUUCUCUGCAAGUACUGCGGCAAAUCUUACCCCAUUGCCACCAAGCUGCGGCGUCACCUUAAAUCCCAUCUGGAGGAGAAGCCAUUCCGCUGCCACGUGUGCGGGAUGGGCUAUUCUUUUCAGCACAGCCUAAACCGUCAUCUUCAUAGCCACAGAGACGAAGGGCAGAAAUCUGUGGUCCUUGGUACCAAAGCAAUAACAAUGGAGGACACUGAGCAGGGGCAUACGCUGGUGCUGGUGCAAGUCCAUGACAGCUCAGAAAAUAUAUUGGUUACCGGCUGCACCGAGAACUCUCAACUGGGUAAAUGCCACAGCCCCGCAUUGCUACCUAUGAACUCGGAGACAUUGGAGGUUCAUUCAGGAAUGGACCAUGAGGAUGGGAUCCUGCAAAAAGAACAUAGCCCCAGUCUAUUACUGGUCUCCCAGACUCUGGAGUUCAGCACAGUAGCCGAGGUGGUAGUGGAAUUAGGGAUGUAACUCUGAGCCUCCAAAUUUUUGUUAUAAAUUGUUUCAUCUCUUUCUU